CGGGCGCGUGCAGCGUGGAACGCGUUAAUUCGGUAAUUGAAUGGGGAGGAGUACGUUGGUAAAACGUGGAAAGACGUUGGAGCGUCGGUGGGGUUCGCGAUCACUGAGGUUUGGGAAACCUUUGCCCGUGUAAACCGGUCAUCAGCGAGAAGAUGCUGCUAAUUUGUUGCUCGUUACGCUCUUUGGUAAUAAAGUUGCAGUUAACGAAAGGGGAACGUUACAAAGGGCAGCUGCCGUUGGCGGUAUCGGUCGGCGCGCUGGACUGCUCCACCUCUGUUCAUCGACAGCUCUCAAGCGAAGUUUGCGUCGUCGCCUCUAUUUUUGGCGCUGGUUCCUUGAUCGAUGCGAGGGCGUCGAAUCCUGAUCGAUGCGGGGAGGUCAGCUGGCGUGUGAUGCGAGCAUUGGUUAGCCACGUCCGCUGCCAUGGUGGCCCCCUCCAUCGAGUGCCUCCUGGCGGGCCGCCAAGCCACCCCGAGCUCGAGACCAACGGAGCGUCGGUGCCUAGCGUGCACACUCGCUCACGGACACAGAGAGGGGCCCGGCACCGAUGGACACGCCAAAACAAAAGGCAACCGUGGAGAACCGCGCUUUUUCUUUUUUGUUAACUUAACGGGAGUCAAAAUACGCCGCAGCACUUUUGAGUGACAACCAUCGAUUUUGUUCGUUUGUUGUCGAGAGUCUGCCGACUCCGCCCGAGGGGUCGUGGUGUUGUGCCGUAGAAGGACCUCGGGUCCCGGCCUCUUUUUUUUCUCUCUCGUGGUUGUUGUUGUUGUUGUACGCCACCAACCCCGAGCUCGAGAGAGCGACGCGCCGUGAGGUUGGAUCGUACGAGGAUGGAUUCCACGCGCGUGUACGUGUCGCUGGGCAUGACGGACUCAUACGAGCCGAGGAGCAGGAGAAAGCUGAUGAGCCGCCGGAACACGCGGCGCACCUUCUACCUGCUGGCCCUGCUGGGUACGGGGAUGGUGGUCUGGCUCGUGUGCGGUCUCGGCUCGCCGUCGGGGCUGUACGACCGCCUCGGCACUGCGUGGAGAUUCGGCAAAACCGUCGAGGGAGGCUCUGCCCAAGCAGACGACGGCUCCGAUGUCGCGGAUGCCGGGAAUGGAUGGAAGGAGAUCAGAGGCGGCGGCGGACUCGAGCAAGUCUCUGAUGAGGAUGAUGGCAUUGGAAGUCUAGGGAAGGAUGACGCGGAGGACCAGCGGGAGCCGAGUAAACGCGGCGAUGGACGAGAAAAGCGCGGCGUGGUCAAAAGCAGCGACGUGUCGAGAAGCCCGCAAAUUGGUCACCGAGACGUUCUGAAAAAAUCCAAUCAAGCUGCUCGGCUGGCCAAGCACGCUUCGGCACAGGUGCAGAGCAAAGAUUCGUCGGCGAAAGCGGAUCGUGCGGCCAGAGAUGGUGGCAGGAAGAGGAUCAACGCGCACCUGCUUGGCGGUGGAGAGCUAAUUGAUGCGAACAAAAACGUCGACCACGGAAAAUCGACGCCCGUCAAAGAAUCUUCCGCGAAGCCAUUCGAAUACGGAGGCGAAAAGAUUGGCGUCCGCUUCAAAGUUCCGGGAGGAAAACGGAAAGAGGUGAAGGAAUACGCCGUGAACACCGACCAUGGAACGGAUGCGCGAAAAGCGAACCCCGCGCAGAAGGCCGACGGACGAGGCGAAGCGAUCCCCGCUCAGGCCCAGGGCUCCAAGGACCGCGCCGUGUCCAACGAACUCCUCAAGGAGCAGCUGCAAAGGCUGAAGACGGACUUGAAAAAGGCCCUGACCCAGAAGCAGCAGGACAAGGAGCAGAAGGCCAAGUCCAAGAGGAGGCGGAGCAAGAGCAACGAGCACCCGGUGCCGAUCGUCUACGUGCCACAAAAGGGCGAAGACCCGUACCGCGACCUCUCGGAGGACCUGGCCAAGCUGGUGGCGUCCGUGCAGCAAAGGCGCGAGCAAGAAACCCUGCCGCGACCCCGCAGGCACCACAGCUACCUGUAGCCGCUCCCCCACCCACGACUCCCAGUGCCCUCCAGCUGCACGCCCUGCUGGGAACCGUGGAAAUCGUGGUGGGAAGGGAUGUAGUCGUGCCGGGUUGUGGAGGAGAGGGGGGGGGGGGUUUGGCUGCAGGGAAUUGGCUAAAAAAGAUGCCUUAAACGUUACUAAAUUGCUGAAAAAGAGACCUAGCGAUGCUUUCCUGCACUAACGCACGCAUUAACGUUUAGUCUACAUUCAGAGUAACAAUGCUGUUCAUGCCAUGAGCUGUGAGUUGUGCAGGACAUCUGAUUAAAACGAGCUUCAUAAGCUCGUCGGAUUUCUGCAUUAUAAAUACAUAGUCUGCUUCUAAUUAGCUGCCUCUGGCUGCAUGCGUUUAUAUAUCAAGGGUUAAGGUGCAGCCCUGAAAUCUCUUGCUCACGCCACUGCUAGUGAAAUGCCCCUCCAAUAGAGGUAGCUCUAGAGAGCCCCUUUUUAAAAGGAUGUAUUUGGCCUACUCUUCCACGCUCGCCAGACGUCUUGGAAGGAGUGGGAGUCCUCGCACUUACAUGAACCAUCCUACAUGUUGUCAUUGACAAAAUCGCUCGCACCAGUUAGGUAGGAAUGUGGAAUUUCCACAAUUUUAGCUCUGAGCCACCGUCGGAGACGUAAUAAACGCCGCCUCACACUUGAUUGGAACAUAGAAGGAGGCGGAUUUAGCUUUUGCCCUCGAUCAGGCCUCUUAAUUAUUUUACGGCAACCGACACUGAUGAAGGUACCUUUUUAAACCACGUUUUAGUUAAGAACCAUCCGUGUUUUGCCGGCGUCAACCUCGCAGGCGGAACGGCAGCCUCCUCGUGCCUUUAUUCUCCCACGACCAACUGGGGACAUCCGUUUGCCAUCUGUAACGAGAGAUAAUUGAUUUGCAUUGCCCAUUCGUGUGAGAGCUGUUUGCUGUUGCUGCUUCGUGCUCGCCCUGUCGUGAUUUGGAAUGUGUCCCUUGGUACCGACGGACGCUGGGUUGACGACCAAAGGGUUUCAUGAACCAGUUACAGGGAGUUCUGAUGGUACAAUUUUAGCAGCCUGUGUAGUUGAUGUGUUUUGGCGUGCGACACGUUUUAAUGGUUAGAUCGGAUGUGUGAAAUAACACCGUGUUAAACAAGAACCAUGCAAACGCGUGCUGUUCUUCGCAACUGUGUCGUUAGAUUUUAAUUUUAAAACGUAUAUAGUUGGUUGUUUUCUUAACUUGGUGUUCACAGCAAGUGUGCACCACAUGGAGAGCUGUUUGAUUUCAUGAUGUUGCCAUCUCUUACAUCGUCAAUGCCUGGCAUGAAUUGUUAACAAUUGGACCUCCGUAAGUUCGUUCGCCACCUGUAAUGUGAGACAAUUGUUAUGCAUUUCCCAUGGUGAAGCUGUGUGGCUGCUUUGACCUCGUAAUUGCUGCUUUCUUUAUAAAAAAAAUUGUAAACGACACUUUUUUACAUUUUGGUAUUUGUUCCAUGGCACAGGGCUGUACCACAAAGGCAGUUGGGCGCAAAAUCACUCGCGUGCAAUCCCGGGCCAUGUUUCAAAUGUGGAUCAUGACGCCAACGCAACAAUGGUAGAACUCCUUUCGAAUGACAACCAAGGAGGGUGGGGGGGGGGGAUCUUUCACGUCAAUGAGCUUAAACCACCAUCCUCGCAACAGCGGCUUUUGGCUGCUGCCAUCGAACAAAGACGGUGGUAGUCACCGCGUCGCGCGGCGCUUUCAGAUGCGCUUCUGCGGCCCCCUGG